AUGUCGACCAGGUACAAGCGAUUCUGGAUUCGCGCAACAGUCCACGGGACACAGGCUCACGAGAAGGAGGCUUCGGCCGUUAUCAAAAGCACCAUCCAGCGGUCGCAACGGUCACCAAGAAAGAUCUUCCCGCUGACACAGCAGCAUGGCGACAUCCUCCUGCAAGACGGACCGGGCAUGCAGCGAUACUACCUAUACGCCAUUCGGCACCUGCAGAGCCUCGGCAGAGACUCUCUCACCCUACGGUACAUAACCGAAGCACGCACCGCGCCCAGUCGGAAGCGAAAGCUCGAGCCGAUCGAGACGCACGAUGGCUAG